AUGGCCGCUAAGUCGGAUGGAGCAGCGGUGUCUGUGGAAGAUGACAACACGCCCAGGAGCCUCUCGGAGCCGGGGAACCCCGCCGCCCGGCCCCGCUGCAGCGCCGCCGGCGGGAAGCCCUACACCCUGCUGGACUGCUGCUGGGUGCUCUGCGCCCUGCUCGUCUUUUUCUCCGACGCCGCGACCGACCUGUGGCUGGCCGCCGACUACUACCUGAGAGGUGACUACUGGUGGUUCGGCUUGACUCUCGUCUUCGUCGUGGUGCCCUCCGCCGUCGUCCAGGUAUUGAGUUUCAGGUGGUUCGUGUACGACUACUCGGAUCUGAGCGGCGGGGACGGAGCAGCGAGCGGCAGCGGAACCGGCGCGGCGGCGGCAGGCGCGGCAGGCGGAGCGGCCACGGCGGGCGACAGCACUUUAAGCACCAAGGACAGCGACCAGCGCGGUGGGUGCGCGGUGGCGGGGAACGCCGCGAACGCUACCCCGGUUUACACAUCCUCUGCCCCUCCUGCGACCGCAGGGAGAGUCGGGGCCCCCCGGAGGUGCUGCACCGUCUGCAUGUGGGUCUUUCAAACCGUGCUUCACGUCCUGCAGCUGGGGCAAGUCUGGAGGUACAUCCACGCCCUCUACCUGGGCGCCCAGAGCCGUUGGCACGGCAACGGGCCCCGCCGCCACUUCCACUGGCGGCUGAUGUUUGAGAGCGCUGACAUCACCAUGCUCCGCCUCCUGGAAGCCUUCCUGAAGUCGGCGCCGCAGCUCGUCCUCCAGCUGAGCAUCAUGAUCCACGGAAACGCCGUCCUCCCUCUGCAGGGUCUCUCGGCCUCUGCCUCCCUGGUCUCUCUGGCCUGGAUGAUUGCCUCCUACCAGAAGGUUCUGCGGGACUCCCGCGACGACAAGCUGCCCAUGUCCUACAAGGCCGUGAUCACGCAGAUGCUGUGGCACUUCUUCACCAUCGGGGCGAGGACCGUGGCCUUCGCCCUCUUCGCCUCCGUCUUCCAGCUCUACUUCGGCAUAUUCAUCGUCAGCCACUGGUGCGUCAUGACCUUCUGGAUCAUCCAAGGUGAAACCGACUUCUGCAUGUCCAAGUGGGAGGAAAUCAUCUACAACAUGGUGGUGGGCAUCAUCUACAUCUUCUGCUGGUUCAAUGUCAAGGAGGGCCCCAGCCGCUUCCGUAUGACGGUCUACUACUCUGUGACGCUGGCUGAGAAUGUGGCACUGACCGCCGCCUGGUACACCUACCGAGGCCCGCACACCUCCGACUCCUACGCCCUGGUGGUGGUGUGUCUGGUAGCCUGCAGCUUCGCCCUGGGAACCUUCUUCAUGUUGGUGUACUACUGCUGGCUGCACCCUGACGGGCCCGUUCUGGGGUCACAGUGGGGAGGUUGUGUGGACGAGGGUGUGGUGGGCGCAGGAGGGGUAGCAGGAGUGAUUGAUGCUUGUCUCACCCCAUCCCAAGGGUCCCAAACAGACAUGGUCAUUACCAGCCCUCCGAGGACUCUCCCCAGGACUAAAGACACGGGAGAGCCGGUUCCUGGGGAGCGAGACAGAGACAGGGACAGUUGCCUGCCUGUCUUCCAGGUGCGUCCCUCCCCAUCUUCCUCUCCUGCACUCCUUCACAGGACCUCCUCCUCGUCCCGUGCACAGGAGGGCCCCGUGAUCCGGAUCGACCUCCCAAGAAAGCGAUACCCAGCCUGGGAUGCGCACUUUAUCGAUCGGCGUCUCCGCAAGACCAUUCUGCUUCUGGAGACCACAUCAGCCGUCAGCCCCAGGAUACAGUACAGGAGUAGCAUGAUGGGCAGCAAAGAGGUAUUAGAAUAUGAGACAACUGUCUAA